UGAAAGAUGACGGCGUCACUAUAUUUACAAUUGGAGUUGUCAAUCCAAAAGUGUCUGAGUUAACUGCAGCAGCAAGUGAACCCAGUUGUACACAUUUCAUCGUCUUGAAAGAUUAUGAUGCGAUUGGUUUUAUUGUGGGGGAAAUUAAAUCCGGAUCUUGUAAAGCUGCGGUCCGCGUCCAAGGAAAUCAGUUACCAAACAACACCAUUCCGAAAGGUAACGAGACAAAAGAACAAGCCCUGGAGCUCACCAACACUACGAAGUCCGAUUUAGGUACAACAGUUCUGGUGACGGUCCAGUGUGGUGUGAUUAUUGUGUAUGGUUCAUUUAACAACAGUUAUCCCAAUGAAGCCGACUACGACUUCACGACUUGGGCAACUGAUGAUGAGCCGGGCACAUUAAAUUAUUUACAAAAAUCAGGGGACCAAAAGGUUUUCUUAAUUGUCAAUUCCAAGAAACGAUUUGAUCUCAAUUCCUCAGCCUGUGACAAUCCUUCUUAUGACAUCAGUUUCAUACCAACGGCACCCAGAAGUGAAGCGGCUUGCGUCGUAAGACAUGUCAACAGCUCAUGUACUGCAAAGCAACUCGACCAUGCAUGUUACGACACGACACCUGUCGUCGGCAAAAUCAGUCACUUGUUCAACACCAGUAUCCCAAUGGACGACGAUAUGCACGAAUAUGUUAUGGACAUCAGCGACAGUACACAUCCCUCUGGAAGCCAUAUUUGGGUGAAGGCCCAUUGUGCUGAUGUCAUCAUGAACGCUGCGUUUCACAACAAACACGGCCGUAAAGCUGAGAACGACUACGGAAUGCAUGCAUCUGCAACUGAUGGAGUUCACGGUGUUAUAUCUUUAAAGAAAAAACCAAAAUCUGAUCAUCUAACUGUGACAAUUAUCGCUAAGAGUCGAUAUGCACUCAACGCCUCUUGUUACCAUUCUUCUUAUUCAAUCAGCAUCAUGCCAAAAGACUCCAAACAUGAAGUGGUUUGCCACCGAAAAGACGAUGAAAGAAAUUGUUCCUAUUCAGAAACCAAGUCUAAGUGUACCAAAGGACCCUUACUUGAAGCGGCUUGCAUUGUAAAAGAAGUCAACAGCACAUGUACUGCAAAACAACUCGACCCUGCAUGCUACUACUCGGAACCUGUUGUUACUGAAGUCACUCAGUUGAUUAAUACCAGUAUUUCCAAGGAUGGCCAAAUUCACAGGCAAGUUUUGAAAAUCUGCAACAGUACAGAUUACUCAGGAAGUACGAUUUGGGUGACAGCCCAUUGUGCCGAGGUUACCAUGCACGGGACCUUUCGAAACAAGAUUCAGACCGAUGCUGAGUACGACUACAAGACAAGUGCAAAAGAUGGUAUUCAGGGCGCUCUAUCUGUUACGACAAAAUCAAAAGAUGAUGAUCUAUUUCUCACACUUUUCGCCAAGAAGCAACAAGGUCUCAACUCUACAGCUUGCGACAAUCCUUCCUUUUCAGUCAGAAUCAUGCCAAAAGACUCCAAACAUGAAGUGGUUUGCCAUCGAAAACAUGAUGAAAGAAAGUGUUUCUAUUCAGAAACCAUGUCUAAAUGUACUAAAGCACCCAAAGUUGAGGCGGUUUGCCUUGUCAAACAUGUCCACAGCCCAUGUACUGCAAAGCAACUCGAUCAUGCAUGUUACAACACGAAAUCUGUUUUUGGUGAAGUCACUCACAUGAUUAAUAGCAGUAUUCCCAUGAAAAGCCAUAUUCACAAACAAGUUUUCGAAAUCAGCAAUAGUACGCAUUCCUCAGGAAGUAUGAUUUGGGUGAAGGCCCAUUGUGCUGAGGUUACCAUGCACGUUGCCUUUCACAAUAAACAUCACCAUGAAGAGCAGCACGUGUACAAAACAACCGCAAAACAUGGACAUCCUGAUUAUGUAUCUGUUAUGAAAAAAACAGAAGAGGAUCAUCUAACUGUAACGAUUAUCGCCAUGAGACAACAUAGACUCAACGCCUCAGUUUGUGACCAUCACCAUCCUUCAUAUUCGGUCAUCAUCAAGCCAAACGACUCCAAACAUGAAGUGGUUUGCCAUCGAAAACGCGAUGAAAGAAAGUGUUCCUAUUCAGAAACCAUGUCUAAAUGUACCAAAGCACCCAAAGUCGAAGCGGUUUGCCGUACAAAACAUAUGAACAGCCGUUGUAUCGAUGAACAUUUCCACCCGAUGUGUUACGACAAGGAACCUGUAGUUUCUGAUGUCAGUGAAUUGUUAAAUAGCAGUGUUCACAAGGAUGGCCGAACUCGCAAAUACGUUUUGGAAAUCACCAACAGUACACAUUCUUCAGGAAGUAAGAUUUGGGUGAAGGCCCAUUGUGCCGAGGUUACCAUGCACGUUACCUUUCACAAAAAACACCACCAUGAAGACGAGAAAGACUAUAAGACGACUGCAAAAGAUGAAUAUCCUGGAACUGUAUUUGUUAUGGAAAAACCCAAAAAUGAUCAUCUAACUCUGGUAAUUUUCGCCAAGAAACAACAUAAACUCAACUCCAAAGCUUGCGACAAUCCUUCCUUUUCGGUCAGCAUUAUGCCAAAAG